AUGGCAAACGAGGAGGAUGGUCGAAAGGGUUGUCUUGGCGCGUUAGACGGAACUUACAUCAAUGUGCGUGUGUCGGUUGCAGACGAUCCCUGCUAUCGCAAUAGAAAGGGUCACAUCACCACCAACACGCUAGUUGUUUAUGAUCCCCAGCUUCGUUUUAUGUACCUACUACCCGGUUGCUACUAUCCAUGCGACAAUGCAUAUGCGAACGCCGAUGGUUUUUUAACACCAUACAAAGGCGUGCGUUACCAUCUGAAAGAAUGGGGAAUAGGGCGGCAGGCACCACAAACUCCAGAGGAGUUGUUCAACCUACGACACACGAAAGCAUGGAACGUCAUCGAGCGCUCUUUCACCGUCUUGAAAAUGCGAUGGGGAAUACUCAGGUCUGCUAGUUUCUAUCCAAUAAACGUGCAGACUGGACUCAUUAUUGCAUGUUUCCUGUUACACAAUUAUAUACGAAGUCAAAUGACAAACGAUCCGGUCGAGGAGGAGGUGGACAAUGAGGCUGACAUUGACAAUGAAAGCGACAAUGAGCCUGUAGCCAUUGGUGAGCAUAUUAGUAGCGUCGAACCAUCAGCUUUAUGGAACAACAAACGGGAUGAUAUGGCCCGUGCUAUGUGGGCCGACAGACACAAUGUGUAG